CGUUUAUAUAGUUGCAGCAAAACUCAGAGUCAAAGUCAACGUUCAACAUUUUACAGUCAUAAUUUCUUGUCAGUUCCGUGCCUUCGAGCGCAACACGGUGGGCGAAGGAGCCCCUGGCUGCAAACAACUGCAAACUUGGCCGCACUGCGCGGCGACGGGAGGUUCCCCAUCAUCAAUUGUUCCGCAGGCUCCUAUGAACUGCCCCACUUUCUAGUUCCCACACAGUCAUGCAUUGAGCUUGGCUCGUUCAUGCCGCCGUCGGAACCGUAGUGACCCUAGAUAAACGCAUGGAUUCCUCAAAGCUGUCCGCUCAAGCUGCACUAGAAUCAUGACUGCAGAACCAGCCCCACUUGCGCCACAUAGUACAUUGGAGGGCCUUCCAGCCACUCCCGGCGAUGAGAACAAACCUGUCCUUUCAAAGGAGCUCACAGCCCCAGAACAUGUCGCUCUGGAAAUAAAAGAUAAUAAAAAAAGCAUCCGAGCGUUUAUCCCCUGGCCAAAGAAAGCAUCUAAGAGGAUGGAGAGCAAAGCCGAGAACGCAAAGGCAGCGGAUAUACUCGUCCCUGCGUCAUUCUUAUCGCUAUUCCGGUAUUCAACUCGCUUUGAGAUAAUAUUGAACAUUUUUGGUGUAUUCUGUGCUGUUGUUGCUGGCGCUUCGCAGCCUCUGAUGACUUUGAUAUUCGGCAACUUGACUCAAGAUUUCGUUACAUUUGGUUUAGCAGAGAACGAGUACUAUCAAUCGCUACAGUCUCAAGAUGCGAACGUGAUUGCACAGGCGCAGGCGACAUUGGAUGCUGCUGCAUCCUCGUUCCGUCACAGUGCUAACCUGGAUGCUUCUGAUCUCGUUUAUAUUGGUAUCGCAAUGUUCAUUUCCACGUACCUGUACAUGUACACCUGGGUUUAUACUUCAGAGGUUAAUGGGAAAAGAAUACGAGAGAGGUACCUUCAGGCCGUCCUUAGGCAGGAAAUCGCCUAUUUUGAUGAUAUUGGGGCUGGAGAAGUUGCGACGCGCAUCCAAACCGACACUCAUUUGGUACAACUGGGGAUAUCUGAAAAAGUCACCCUUGCAGUCACUUUCGUCAGCGCAUUCCUCGUUGGCUUUAUCCUUGCAUUUUCCCGGUCAUGGCGUCUGGCUCUUGCAUUGUCAUCCAUUCUUCCGUGCAUCGCAAUCAUAGGUGGUGUCAUGAGUAAGUUUGUGUCUAAAUACACGCAAUUGUCUUUGAAGCAUGUUGCCGAGGCAGGUAGUCUUGCAGAAGAGGUCAUAUCCACGGUUCGCACCGCGCAGGCUUUCGGGACCCAGAAAGUUUUGUCUGGAAUAUAUGAUACUAACGUCGAUGCAUCUCGCGUUGUUGACACCAAAGCCAGUAUUUGGCAAGGUGCAGGGUUAGGCUCCCUCUUCUUCGUAAUCUACGCUGCAUAUUCGCUGGCGUUCGAUUUUGGAACUACCCUCAUAAAUGAGGGCCAGGCUAAUGCUGGACAGGUUGUCAAUGUCUUCAUGGCCGUCUUAAUCGGAUCAUUCUCUCUCGCCCUACUCGCCCCUGAAUUGCAAGCCAUUACGCGUGCUUGUGGUGCUGCUGCCAAACUCUUCGCUACGAUCGAGCGUGUCCCUGUUAUCGACUCUGCAAGCCUAGGAGGACUAAAGCCUGAAAAUAUCACUGGCGAGAUUACUUUUGAGGACGUCACAUUCCACUAUCCAUCUCGGCCAGAUGUCCCAAUUCUCAAAGGCAUCAACAUCACCUUUCCGGCUGGCAAGACCACUGCUCUCGUUGGUGCAUCCGGAUCUGGUAAAUCUACGAUUGUAUCUCUCACGGAACGUUUCUACGAUCCGCUCGGUGGCUCUGUCAUGCUUGACGGAACUGACUUGCGGGAGCUGAAUAUCAAAUGGUUACGCUCUCAGAUUGGUCUAGUCUCACAGGAGCCCGUACUUUUCGCGACAACUGUCAGGGGCAACGUCACGCACGGUCUCAUUGGCACAUCAUACGAGGAUGCAUCUGACGAGGAAAAGUUUCGGCUCAUCAAGGCAGCUUGUAUCAAGUCUAAUGCAGAUAGCUUUGUUAGCCACUUGCCACAAGGAUAUGACACUAUGGUUGGUGAGCGAGGUUUUUUGUUAUCUGGAGGGCAAAAACAGCGCAUCGCCAUUGCACGAGCUAUCGUGUCGGAUCCGCGGAUUUUGCUCCUUGAUGAAGCAACGAGCGCCCUCGAUACUCGUUCGGAAGGGAUUGUACAAGAUGCUCUAGACAAGGCAUCUACUGGUCGAACUACUGUCACCAUUGCCCAUCGCUUGUCAACGAUCAAAGAUGCUGACUGCAUAAUUGUAAUGGGCGAGGGGCUCGUACUGGAGCGAGGAACUCAUGCAGAACUCCUAGCAGACGAAAAUAGGCGCGGUCGUGAAGAUCCUGAUACAGUGAUAUCAAGUGACGAGAAAGAUUCGGAGAAGCCUAGGUCAGAUGACCUCGAUAUUAAGAGCACCAUUCGUUCCAUCGACGUCGUCAGUCAAUCAAAGGAGAAAGUUGGGGACCAGACUCCAGAGGAAGACUAUGGUCUAUUAUAUUUGAUGAGACGACUUGGUGGUCUUUACCGCGAAGGACUUCACCGAUACUUGAUUGGAUCUUUCUUUGCCAUAUGCAGUGGUGCCGCUUAUCCUGCCUCUGGUAUAAUCUAUGGGCUUUCGAUCUCCGGCUUUUCUGCCACCACAAAUUCUGAGCGCCGCUACCAAGGCGAUCGGAAUGCUCUCUGGUUUUUCAUUCUUGCUAUUCUAUACGGCUGCUGUGUUGGUUUCCAGUCCUAUUUUUUUGCUUCCUCUGCCGCUGUUCUGACAGCCAAGCUCCGUUCAAUGAGUUUCAAGGCCAUCCUCCGACAAGACAUCGAGUACUUUGACAACGACAAGAAUAGUACUGGUGCUCUGACGUCAAGCUUGAGCGAAAAUCCCCAGAAGAUCAAUGGUCUCGCUGGCGUGACUCUGGGAACUAUUGUCCAAUCUAUCACAACUAUACUUGCUGGUUUGGCCAUUGGCUUUGCAUAUUCUUGGAAGCUGGCUCUUGUCGGCAUGGCAUGUAUCCCUGUCCUGGUGUCCGCUGGCUUCAUACGCUUGCAAGUCGUUGUUCUGAAAGAUCAGAAUAACAAGUCAGAGCAUGAAAACCCUGCUCAGAUUGCCUGCGAAGCUGCUGCGGCUAUUCGCACUGUUGCAUCAUUGACCCGAGAAGAGCACUGCCUUAGUCUUUACAGACAGAGCUUGGAGGGGCCUCUUAGAAAAUCCAUCGGGACAGCGCUCUGGAGUAACAUGCUGUUCGCACUCUCUCAGGGCAUGACAUUUUGGGUAAUUGCUCUAGUUUUCUGGUAUGGCGCGACGCUCGUUUCGCAGCUGGAGAUUUCAACGCAAUCAUUCUUUAUUGCUUUGAUGAGUACCAUAUUUGGCGCAAUGCAGGCCGGUAAUGUCUUUGCUUUUGUGCCUGACGUCUCAUCAGCCAAAGGGGCCGCCAACACAAUCAUCAGGCUUCUUGAUUCAACUCCUACGAUUGAUGCAGAGUCAACUGAAGGCAAAAGUGUUCCGAGUCAGCAUUUCAAAGGCCGCAUACAGCUGGACAACGUUCAUUUCAGUUAUCCUACCCGUCCCGGAUUCCGGGUUCUUCGUGGCCUCUCGCUUAUCGUCGAACCUGGAACUUAUGUUGCCCUGGUCGGCUCUAGCGGUUGCGGUAAAAGCACAUUACUAGAGCGUUUCUACGAUCCACUUUCUGGACAGAUAUCGCUUGAUGGGGAGAUCAUCAGUGAAUUUAACGUCCAGGCAUAUCGACAACAGUUUUCACUUGUAUCGCAAGAGCCUACUUUGUACGCGGGAACUGUCCACUUCAAUAUCUUGCUCGGUGCCUCCAAACCAGAAUCUGAGGUCACACAAGAAGAGAUUGAGGCUGUCUGCCGUGAUGCCAAUAUACUAGAGUUUAUUCAAUCACUUCCAGAUGGGUUCGAUACUCAAGUCGGUGGCAAGGGAUCCCAGCUUUCGGGGGGUCAAAAACAACGUAUAGCAAUCGCUCGUGCACUGCUUCGCAACCCAAAGGUUCUUCUGCUCGACGAAGCCACAUCAGCUCUCGAUUCAAACUCAGAGAAGGUCGUGCAAGAUGCUCUUGAUAAAGCUGCUAAAGGUCGGACCACGAUUGCUAUCGCCCACCGCCUUUCGACUAUCCAGAACGCUGAUUGCAUACAUUUCAUCAAGGAAGGCAGAGUUAGCGAAUCUGGGACCCACGAUGAGCUUCUUGCGCGGAGAGGAGAUUACUACGAGUUCGUACAGCUGCAGGCACUCAGCAAGAAGUAGCGGAAAUUCAAGAACGUCCGAUGUUCCACUUAUUCAUUAAUUACAACUUUUGAUAUUGAGGCUGAAAAUGGUGAACCAAGUCGCAUCAAUCAGACCCUAGACAAGGAAGUAGCAAGGCAGAAAAGUGUUUAUCGGUUACCAUGCAAUAUAUCUCAUCUUGCUACGUCUACUAGAUGUGCUGCUUCGUGCAACAGUAUAAUAUACGAGCA